GUCGGUCUUCUCGGAAUCGCAUUGUCCUCGUCUCUCUCUCUCUCUCAUUCAUCAUCUGGAUUUUUUCGAAUCUCGAAACCUAAAUUUACAAAGCGCAAUGUUUGCGUAAGAAUUUGAUUUGACCUGGAAUUGAAUUGAAAAUGGCCGGGGAAAGCAAUCCUCAAGAAGAGAUGAAGGUGGUGAAGGGGCCGAAUGGCUAUGUGCUUGAAGAUGUUCCUCACUUGAGUGAUUACCUCCCCAACAUCCCUACUUUUUCUAAUCCAUUGCGUUCUGAUCCUGCAUAUUCAGUUGUGAAACAAUACUUUGUUGACAUGGAAGAUGUUGUUCCCCAAAAGGUUGUUGUUCACAUUGAUAGUCCAAGGGGUGUACAUUUUAGGCGUGCUGGUCCUCGUCAAAAGGUGUAUUUUAGUCCAAAUGAGGUGCACGCUUGUAUUGUAACAUGUGGCGGGUUAUGCCCAGGGCUGAAUACUGUGAUCAGGGAAAUUGUUCAUAGCCUUCACACAUAUGGUGUCACCAAAGUCCUUGGAAUAGAGGGUGGCUAUAGGGGUUUCUAUGCUGGGAGUACACCUAAUUUAUACCCAGAGCUUGGUGGGUAUAUGGGUUUCUAUGCGAGGAAUACAAAAAAUUUAACUCCAAAGCUUGUAAAUGACAUACAUAAACGGGGUGGUACAAUCCUUGGAACAUCUCGAGGAGGCCAUGAUACUGCCAAAAUUGCAGAUAGUAUUCAGGAUCGUGGAAUUAAUCAGGUCUAUAUAAUUGGAGGGGAUGGAACUCAAAAAGGAGCAGCGCUGAUCUACAAGGAACUAAGGCGGCGUGGCCUCCAAGUUUCUGUUGCUGGAAUCCCUAAAACAAUUGACAACGACAUUUCGGUUAUUGACAAAUCAUUUGGCUUUGAUACCGCUGUAGAGGAGGCUCAGCGUGCCAUCAAUGCGGCUCAUGUUGAAGCUGAAAGCGCUGAGAACGGUGUUGGUGUUGUAAAGCUAAUGGGUCGCUAUAGUGGAUUCAUUGCAAUGUAUGCUACUUUGGCCAGCAGAGAUGUUGACUGCUGUUUGAUCCCAGAGUCCCCAUUCUACCUCGAAGGAAAAGGUGGACUUCUUGAGUUUGUUGUGAAACGACUAAAAGAAAAUGGGCACAUGGUUCUUGUGGCAGCUGAAGGAGCAGGACAAGACCUCAUUGCAGCGGAGACUUCAAAUUCCAAGACUGGACAAGAUGCUUCAGGAAACAGGCUUCUCCGUGAUGUUGGUUUAUGGAUUUCUCAAAAAAUCAAGGAUCAUGCUAAAAAACUGAACUUCCCCAUUACUCUUAAAUAUAUAGAUCCGACCUACAUGAUCCGUGCCAUUCCAAGUAAUGCCUCUGACAAUGUGUAUUGCUCAUUGCUGGCUCAAAGUGCAGUCCAUGGAGCGAUGGCUGGGUAUACAGGCUUUACUUGUGGGCUUGUCAAUGGUCACCAGACUUACAUCCCAUUCAAUCGCAUCACGGAGCAGCAAAACCAGGUUGUCAUAACCGAUAGGAUGUGGGCCCGACUUCUUUCGUCGACCAACCAACCGAGCUUCUUGCACCCAGACGUCGUCGAUGAAGCCCAAAGCAAGCAAUCUGAGCUGUUUGAUGAAAAGAGUAGAACUGAGCAUGUCAAGACAGUCAUGCAGGAAAGCCUUUGAAAUUCACUGAUAUCUUUAGGUGCCUCAGCUAGCUGCUAAUGACCAUUCGCUAUAUGGAGCUUCAACACUUAAAUUUUUAUUCUUUGAUUACUAAAAUAGAAGAUGGUAGGGAGAGUGUGGUUGUAUAAAUUUUUAAGGUCCCAGUUAUAGUUAAACUGCAACAAGUUCUUUUGUGAUGAAUCUUAUCGCUUGUGAUGGAUUGAU